AUGGAGACUGGAAAACAUAUCUUGUGCAGACAACCACCAACUUAUGGCAACCUCAUCACUAUUCUCUCGAUCGAUGGCGGAGGGAUUCGAGGAAUCAUUCCAGCUGUUGCUCUUGCCUUUCUAGAAUCAGAGUUGCAGAAACUUGAUGGAGAGGAAGCCCGGUUAGCAGACUACUUUGAUGUCAUUGCUGGGACCAGCACAGGGGGACUUGUGACUGCGAUGCUCACUGCACCAAAUAAGAAGAGAAGACCACUUUUUGCGGCGAAGGAUAUUCAAGCAUUUUAUAUGAACCAUGCUCCCAGAAUUUUCCCACAGCUCAGGGGUGCAUUUGGUAGGAUAAUGAGGAUACUUCGCUCAUUGUCAGGACCUUAUUAUGAUGGUAAGUACCUUCAUGAAGUUGUGAGAAAGAAGUUAGGAAGUGCCAGGCUGCAUCAGACGUUAACAAAUGUGGUAAUACCAACUUUCGACAUCAAGCGGCUACAACCAACCAUUUUUUCGUCGUAUGAGGUUAAGAAGAAGAAGAACACAAUGAAUGCUUUGUUAUCAGAUAUUUGCAUCAGCACGUCCGCUGCUCCAACUUAUUUGCCUGCGCAUUACUUCAAGACUGAAGAUUCUCAUGGAAACAUCAAGGAGUUUAAUCUUAUUGAUGGGGGAGUAGCUGCCAAUAAUCCGGCCUUAGUUGCCAUUGGAGAAGUAAGCAAGCAGAUAUUCAAGCAAGAUCCAGAUUUCUUCCCAAUAAAACCUAUGGACUAUGGCCGGUUUUUGGUCAUUUCACUUGGCACAGGCUCAUCAAAAUUCGAAGAGAAGUACGAUGCACAAAAGGCUAAAUCAUGGGGAGUGUUGGAUUGGUUAUGUAGCAGUGGAUCUACACCAUUAGUAGAUAUUUUCACACGGGCAAGUGCAGAUAUGGUGGAUAUUCACAUCGCUUCUGUUUUCAAAGCCUUACAUUCUGAGCAGAACUAUCUGAGAAUUCAAGAUGAUACCCUAUGGGGGACACUCUCCUCAGUUGAUGUUGCCACCAAGGAUAACUUGGAGAAACUUGUCAAUGUUGGAGAGUUGCUGCUAAAGAAACCUGUCUCACGGGCAAAUUUGGAGACUGGCCAAAUGGUGCCUGCUUGUAGUGACAUAGAGGAGACCAAUGAGGAAGCUCUCAAGAGAUUUGCAAAGCUGCUGUCUGAUGAAAAGCGAAUUCGCCAAGCAAGUGAGACAUUCGGAAUAAAGAGAUAG